AUGAAAGUGCACCCAGACUUCGACGAAACCACCUUUGUGAACGACAUCGCCCUGCUAAGGGUGGAACGAUCCUUCACGUUCACGACGAGAACACGUCCUAUUUGCAUCUCCCUGGAGCCCGUCGACAUUUUUCACAAGCAUGUGCGGGUGGCUGGCUGGGGUCUUCUCAAGCAAUUUGGACCCUCACAGAAGCUUCUCUACUAUACUAGUUUGCGUGUCCUGUCGGACGAGGUGUGCAUGAAAAAGUUUGCCAGCAACGGCUACAACACGACUCUGCAAUUCUGCGCGCACGAGAACACAACCGAUGCCUGCGAGGGCGACUCGGGAGGACCGGCCAUAGCACGAGCCGACAACCGCCGCUUUCUUCAAGUGGGCAUCGUCUCCUACGGCGCAGGCUGCGCGGACGAGGAAGUACCGGGCGUCUACACCCGACUCGACGCCCUGGUGCCGUGGAUACUCGACAACGUACUGUACGGCACCUGGCUCAUCUUGUAUCCACGCGGUGAAGACUAGUGAAUACUAUCUGGUUCAUUUGUAUCAGACCAUUAUGUAUAACUAUGAAACAGGAUUAAAACAUUCUGCUUGACAUGUC